GAUCGCCAGACAUAUCCACCAGAACCAGAAUACCUUCCAAUCACUUGGUCUGAAUUCCUCUUGGCCACCCAACAAUUGAAAAGGGCAGCACCAGCGCCAGACAGUUUUGCCAACCACAUCUCUCACCAUGGGUCUCUCGGCAUUCGAGAUCUUGGACAUCCUCGAGCUCAUCUACUUUGUCCCUGCCCUGAUAGCUUCGGGUUAUGUCGUCUAUAAGCACGGUCAUCGCAAACGACUCGGCUGGAGAUUCCUCCUUAUGAUCUGCCUAUUCCGACUGAUCGGCGCCAUCACUUCUCUUAUUGAUGUCAGGCAUCCAUCCAGUGGCUUGACCAUCACUUACGAUAUCAUGAACAGCUUUGGGUUGUCGGCAAUCAUCUCCACAGCCUUAGCUCUCUUGGAUCGCGUCGAGGACGGCAUGGGACCACACGGUCUGCCACAUCAGGUCUUCCAGCUCCUCCACCUCCCAAGUAUUGUCGGUAUCAUCCUCAGCGUUAUCGGGAGCACGAAUCUUUUCAGCAAUAGUCACUCUGAUGUCUCCGCUGGCUUUACCGAACUCAAAGCAGCCGUGUGCCUAUUCUUAGUUGUGUUCGUCGCCGAUAUCCUCAUCGCCGGACAUUGCUUCUUAAAGAUCACUCACAUCUUACCUGGAGAACGACGGCUGUUGUUUGCAGUUGCCCUGGCUCUGCCCUUCAUGGCGGUCCGCAUGAUCUUCUCCAUUCUGUGCGUCUUCGCCAAUGACCCCAAAUGGUUCAGCUCUUGGAGCCUGGAGUGGACUGCCAUCCUUGUUCACGGCAUAUUGGGCGUUCUUAUGGAGGCCAUCAUUGUCACGAUAUUCAUCGUGGCUGGCCUAACCACGGUACCAGCAGUACUGCCACUGGCGCAUGAAGGCAAAGUUACCUACGAUCUGGGCGCCCGGAGCGUCUAG